CCAGAGUCCUAGACACCCACCCUGUGCAGUGGGCCCGACCAACGCAUCUCUGCGGCUGCCCCACACGACAGACAUGUCUGGAGCGCCUGCCCCCACCUCCAGCUAGACACCCCCUCCAUCUCCGGCGACCCGGCCGACGAAAUGGCGGCGUGGUGGUGCCCCGCCGAGUCCACCAAGCCGGUCUUCGUCGGGAUCUUCGGCGCCAUCCUCGGCGGCUUCGCCGUCUCCGCACUCUUCUUCCUCCUCUCCUUCUCCUCCCUCGCCUCUCCCCCCAUCCCAUUCCCCGCCGUUGCCCCCACUACCACCAACGUAUCCGGCCCCGCCCAGCCGGAGACCAUCUACAACCGCCCCAUAUGGAAGCCUCCGCCGCGGGGCUCGCGGAUGCCCCCGCCGCGCGCCUUCCGCCUCACCCGCGACAUGGUGCGCGCCCGCGCCCGCGACGGCGUCAUCGUGGUCACCUUCGGCAACUACGCCUUCCUCGACUUCAUCCUCACCUGGGCGCACCACCUCACCGCCCUCGGCGUCGACAACCUCCUCGUCGGCGCCAUGGAUACCAAGCUGCUCCGCGAGCUCUACCUCAGGGGCGUGCCCGUCUUCGACAUGGGCAGCAGGAUGGUCACGGAGGACGCCGGCUGGGGGUCCCCCACCUUCCACAAGAUGGGCAGGGAGAAGGUGCUGCUCAUCAACACGCUCCUGCCCUUCGGGUACGAGCUUCUCAUGUGCGACACGGACAUGGUAUGGCUCAAGAACCCCUUGCCCUACCUCGCCCGCUACCCCGACGCGGAUCUCCUCACCUCCAGCGACCAGGUCAUACCCACCGUCACCGACGACAGCCUGGAGAACUGGAGAGAAGUGACUGGGGCAUUCAAUAUUGGUAUUUUCCAUUGGCGACCUACUGAACCUGCUAAAAAGCUGGCGAAAGAUUGGAAAGAUCUAGUCCUAUCUGACGAUGAAAUAUGGGACCAGAAUGCUUUUAAUGAUCUCGCACACAAAGUUUUUGGACAACCUGUUCAAGGACAAGAUGAACUUGUGUAUUCAUAUGAUGGGAAACUGAAGCUUGGAGUCCUACCAGCAGCCAUAUUCUGCAGCGGCCAUACCUAUUUUGUGCAGGGCAUGCAUCAGCAGCUUCAUCUAGAACCGUAUGCUGUGCACACUACUUUCCAGUAUGCAGGUACUGAAGGAAAGCGCCAUAGAUUACGUGAGGCAAUGCUUUUCUUUGAUCCACCGCCAUAUUAUGACUCACCAGGGGGUUUCCUAUCAUUUAGACCUAGCAUUCCCAAAAAGUUGCUGUUAGAUGGUGCCCAUACAGUUGAAUCUCAUUUUGCAUUGGUCAAUUACCAGAUGAAGCAAGUAAGAACGGCACUGGCUAUUGCUUCCUUAUUAAAGAGAACCCUGGUAAUGCCUCCAUUGUGGUGCAGGCUUGAUAGGAUGUGGUUUGGGCAUCCUGGAGUUCUGGAAGGAACAAUGACAAGACAACCUUUUCUCUGUCCAAUGGAUCAUGUAUUUGAGAUAAAUGUUAUGACGAAGGACUUGCCUGAGGAAGAGUUUGGUCCACAUAUUGAUUUCAGAGAAUACUCUUUUCUUGAGAAUCCGUCGUUGCCUAAACAGGUGAAAGAGUCCUUUCUUGAGGUGCAGCUCUGCGAUGAGCAUAGUACCAGAUGCUCCACAGCUAAUGGAACCAAUAAGCACAGACCCCUUAUAUUAGCAAGGAAUAGCACUGAAGAAACGCUUUUGAAUGUCUUCUCUCUGUACAAGAAUAUCAAAAUCAUACAGUUCUCAUCUAUGGUUGACGCCUUCAGAGGUUUUGCCGAUGCAGCUGUGGAGACAAAAUUUCGGGAUCGUGUGAAGAGGUAUGUGGGCAUAUGGUGCUGCGUGGAGUUACGUGAAAUAGGGCACAUAUAUUAUGACAUGUACUGGGAUGAGAAACCAGGCUGGAAGCCGCAUCCCCCACGGAAUAGGGAAGAGGACCAUCCACCUUGGUCCUAACUUUAGAGGUGCAAGAAAGAGACUAACUGUGAAAAUGGAUGAGAUUUUGUAACAAAGGCAAGAUAGAUUACCCUACCGCAGAUUCGCUCCUAAAACUAGAGCAGCCUGCUCCUGUCGUUUGGAAAUCGGACGAUUCUUCCAGCCAACUGGUUACUCUGAAGAGUACAUAUGGUUGUCGGUUUUGUAGGUCUUCUGUAGAUUGAUUCACUUCUGGCUAAGUAGUUGCCCUUGACCCAUUCUUCUCCCACAUGGGUGCCAGAAACGUUGUGUUGAUGUAGACUGUGUGGUAGCAUUUUAGAUCAUGAGCUUGCACCAUGUUCAUAAAUACAGGCACCAGCUGCAAAGGAGAAGAAGGAUUUCUUGUUGUUCAUGCUAAAACAAAGCAAACCAUGAAAGAGUAUGUCCACUGUUUUCUCCAUAACUUCUGUCUAACCGUCGCGAAGAGGGCUUGACCGAA